GUCCCAAGGCCCGGAGCCGAUGGCGCCUGCGGCGGAGCCCUGGGCCCCCGGCCUGUGGAGGGCCUGCAACGGGCUCAUGGCUGCCUUCUUCGCGCUGGCGGCCUUGGUGCAGGUGAACGAUCCGGACGCUGGACCGUGGGUGGUGGUGUACAUGAUCCCUGCUGUGCUGACCUUGCUUGUUGGACUUAACCCCCAAGUCACGGGCAACAUCGUCUGGAAGAGUGUCUCUGCAGGGCACAUAUUCCUGUGUGUCGUGUGGGCUGCCGGCCUGGCGCGCCACCUCUGGCUUCAUUCACAACAGAACAUCUUGCAUGAGGAAGAAGGCAGGGAGCUGUUUGGUCUGGUGAUUAUCACAGCAUGGAUGAGCCUAUGCCACAGUUCAUCAAAGGGCCCAGCUGGUGGAAGGGCCCAGCUGGCCGCAGCCGUGGCGAUCGCUCUCUUCCCAGUCAUCUCCUGGGCCUGCAUCUACGUCAACAAGGAGAUGCGUUCCUCCUGGCCAGCUCACUGCAGGACAGUACUUUAAGCGAAGCCAAAAAUCCCAUUCUUAAAAUGAGCAUUGUCAAUCAAGUUUUUAUAAACACGGCUGUAAGAAGCCAAUUUCCUAGGAACUUCCGGUCAUUUGAGCUAAUAUUAGAGGUGAUUUUUAAAAAAGAUGCUAAGAACUUUCUCAGGGUGCCUACAGUACAGCCCAGGGCUGUAUGGGACUGCUAAGAGAGGGGUCUGACAUUCGACCGGGUCCCCGUGUAAUCAAGGCCGCAGAACAAACCUUAAGAAAUACAAAUUCUGACUCAGCUUACCCCGGUCUGUAUGACUUGGGCACAUGCAUAAACCUCCUGGCGGAGAUUUCUUCGUCCAUAACCUAGGAUUAAAAGCAGAUCUCCUGCUCACGUAUGCAGCUGCAGGGAUUAAAGUGGAUAACACGAGAGCCUCCAUAAACAGCGAGUGCUUGGAAGGCCUCCCGGCGAUUAAAACAGAGGACAGCAGGCUUUGGAUGGAAUGACAGAAACGGGGGUCCAAGAGAGGGCUGUGGCCCUGAGCUGAACUCACUGGCCCCGACCCGUGCAGGGCGGUGAGCUCGAUGAUGCCCGAUGAACGAGCACAUCUUGGAAAGAAAGGAGAGUUGGGCAGAAUAAGGAAAUUGGGACCAAAAGGAAACAGGGAACAUUAACUCCACUGUAAAUGAAAAAUACAACCAACAUCAACACACAUUUUUUUUUAAGGAAUGUCAAAGGUACCCCUGGGGAGAAGACCAUCUCGGAGCUGCACUCUCCAACAUGGGGACUUACAUUACCGUAACCGUGGUGCACGGGGAACACGUGACACAGUGACAUGACCGCAGGGCGUGCACCCGUGACACGGUGACAAGUCAUACCAACAUAACGUGCCGACAUAACUGUGCCGUGGAGCCCUGAGCACCUGAAAUGUGGCUUCGCUGAGGAAGUGAAAUUCUACAUUUUUCACUCUAAUUUUAUAAUCUGUCGAUUCAAUUAUUAGAAAGCUUAGGAAUGUGUCUGCAACGCUUGUCUCAAGUGCAUUUGGAACAACGUGCAGAGGCGAACCUGCUUCUUUAACUGUAUGUUUGACAUCUAAAUAUCUACCCAGUAUUAAUGAAAAUGUGGUGUCCCGAUGGAUGGGUUGUUAGUGUAAAAUACACACUGGAUUUGAAAGAUUUACAAAAAGAAUAUAAAAUAUUUUCAUGCUGAUUACAUGUUGAAAUAGUUUAGCUAUAUUUGCGUUAAUAUAAAAUAUAUUAUUAAAAUUUGUUAUGUUUCUAUUUACUUUUUGAAGUAAAUUAAAUUAACUGCUUUUAAAUGAC